AUGGCCGUGACGCCGACUACUCGCCCCAUCUACGACCGCGCCUACCCGCCGCUGAAGCGCUUCUCCUGGCCUUGGCGUCUGUUGGCCACUUACACGAGCUUCCUCGCCUGGCUGGCCUCGACCCCCUGGCUGGUGGUGCGCUCGGUAGCCCCUGCCAAUUUCAAGGACAACCUGGAUGACCUGGAGCGCAGCUUCUUCAACGUUGCUACACCUAUCGUCACAUUUGUACAGGAUACCACAAACAAGAUAUUCGCCACGCUGGACUCCACGGUGUGUGUGGGGGUGGUAGUGGGGACUGAUUGGGCCAUCAACACCGCCACCCACGUCUACCAGCACAACCUCAAGGGCUUCGAGCACACGUUCGAGAACUUGCUGUUGAACCUCGAGCAGCGAGUGCGCAUCCUGAAGAAUGAGGGUCUCAACGGUAUUCCCAAGGCAGUCUCCUUCGACGUCAGCGUGCCGCUGGUCCAGAAGACCCCGCUGGCCAACACCCCGAUUGCCGAGAAGCUGUCGUGA